AUGGGUGUCGGAGCUGCUACAAUUGCUUCAGCGGGAGCUGCUAUCGAUUCUCCGGUUGAAAUACGGGAAAACUCCAUUCAAUUCUUGAUGGAAACGGAGUUUUGUGAAUUCUCCCCGGAACUGGAAGAGCAUUUCGAGAUCUUCGAACAUAUUCGAGGGUUCAAUGUGACUAUUGUCACUUCGGGCAACACACAAGAUGAGACUUUACUACCGUGGAGCGGCUUUUUGCAAAAGAUGAGGGGGAAACUCAAUAAGAUGUCGGAGAAGCAAAAUAUACGAGAUCACAAACGUAGAUUGCUCGUGGCUAAAUAUGAAUUGAGACGAAAGCUUUAUAAAGCCUUUUGUAAUGAUCCCGAUCUUCCUAGUGAUAUGUAG